CAGAUCGACUGACACGUUUAUUCCCUUGCUUGUUUUCUUCAACACUUUCCAGUCACGAUUCUGCUCCCCCCCACCCCUGACCAGUUGUUUCUAUCGUUUGUUUUUAUUUUUUUUUUAUCAUUCGCUGAACGAGUUUUAUUUCAAGAAGAAGAAGAAGAAGAAGAACGAAAUAAUAGUAAACAAAGGAGGUUGUUGUGCGUGAUGUUAUUGGAUCAAGACAUGAUGAACGACCGAUGAAGAAGUUGCCUUUCAUUCCGGUUUCCGCGGUUAAUUAUUGUUCUUUAGCCGGCCGUUCAAUGGACGGACAGAAUGCGAACGAGUGGAUGAGUCGGUGCUGUGGGCGAACACGACGACCUUAUGGCAAACGUUUGUCCAGUGUGGCGUGUUUCCUUCUGCUGUUUCUCAUGCUCGCUCUAGGAUCCCGACUUUGCCAUGGCGCUAUGGAAAUUCGCGAUUCAGCAUCCAGUAGCAGACACAAUGGCGGCGCCAGUCAUUUCAUCGAAGAUGACGAAGACGACGAUGGCGACGGCUUGGUGUGGCCGACGUUGUCGCUUUCGCCGCGAUUCCAACACAUCCCGCCUCCUCUCCCGCCUGUCAUCUACGGCCCGUUUUUCGAGCCGGAAUUUCCCACCAAUAUCAGCGUCUUGGCCGGCCAGACCGUCUUGCUUCAAUGCCGGGUCAUGGAUCUCGGUGAUCGAGUGGUCUCGUGGGUGCGACAGUCGGACUUGGCCAUUUUGGCGUCGGGCGGAGUAAGCCACACGAGCGACAACCGGAUCACGGCAUCGGCCGACGAAACUCUGACCGAUUGGGAACUGCAAAUUGCUGAAGCCCAAACCAAAGAUUCCGGCUUAUACGAAUGUCAAGUCAACACGGAACCCAAAAUCAAUUGGCCUGUCACUGUUCACGUUGAAGCUGCCAUAGCGUCGAUCGUCGGAGCCUCUGAACUUUACGUCCGAACGGGCAGCACCAUCAGCUUGACGUGCAUCAUCCAAGGAUCAGGAGCUAUCCCACCUCGUGUUCUCUUUUGGUUUCACGAUUCCAAGCCCAUCGCGCUCGAUUCUCCGCGCGGCGGGAUAUCGCUGGAGACGGAACGAACGGCCAUCGGAAUGUCGUCCAAAUUGCUCCUCACGCGCGCCACCCUUCAAGACGCAGGGAACUACACUUGCGCCCCACCCGGCGCUCAACCUGCCGACGUCACCGUUCACGUCCUAAACGGUGAGCAUCCGGCAGCCAUGCAACGAGGGAACAGGAGUCCGUCGACCAAUGGGGCAGAAAGGGCUGCCCAUUUGGGUGCCAAAUGCCUGUGGGCCGUUCAAGUAAUUACAUUACAGUAUUCCAUCCAGCGCUGGCUUUUUGGCAAUUCGUCUCCGUCUCCAGCCACUUGAAAUGAUUGGAGCGUCCGAUACAUUUUAGGACCUAGAUGUGUCCGAACGGCGACAACAAAAAAAUGUCAAGAAAAAAAAAAGUUGAUUUCUUUUUUUUUUUUUUUUUUUUUUUUUCAAUGAGAGGUUGUUUUUAAGAAACAAAAGUGAAAAAAAUGUCUUUUACCUUUCCUACUAUACUCUUAUUCUUCUUUUUUUUUAUCAUCAUUAUUAUUAUAACUCUAUUAUUAAGUAUAUUAUAUUCUAUAUUACGAGUGUCAUCGUCAUCUCGCAUGACGUAGUACGUGACAAACAAGACAUUCGACACCUUUAUUUUUCAUCUCUAAAUCCUAUAUCCCAUUCAUUUUUUUUUUUUUUUUUCGUUGUACUGUGUGCGCGAACGGUGAUUUUAAGAAGAAAAAAAAAAAUGUAAUGCUAUCCUCCAUAUAUUUCUAUAUAAUGACAUUAAGCACUGCGUCGCCCUCUCUCCUUCCCAAUCUGUAUUUCAAUUUCGAUGAUUAUUUGUUAUUAUUUUCACAAUUUUAACUUCUCUGCUUCGUUUUAACCGGAUUUCCUUUGGUGGAAUCCAUUUCUUCCUAUCAAUGCCCAGUAAAACCACGCCCCAGUGAUGAAGAUCGUGAUGAUUAGCUGGAAGGGAGAAUGAAUGGUCAGUGUUUGAACAUAACAAAACAAAAAACAACCAAAAAAAAAAAAAGAAGAAGAAAAUAAUAUGUCAGUCAUUAA